GAAGACCAACCCGCCGGAUACCCCCGAUUCUCAGCACACGUCGCAGCCGACGAAACCUCCCAAAUCUACCGACGUUUCUCGACCCUCCGCACACGACUACUCCUCUCCAAACAAGACUCGCUAUCCGCCCUCGAGACUAAACUUGAUAAAAUCGAUCGGGCAGAGAAGUGUAAGGUAUUUCUGGGGAGUAGACGGAGAGAUCGGAAUCAGGAGAGGCAUAAUGUACUGUUGCAGAUUGAGGGGGAGUUGGCUGGAUAUGAUGAACUUGUUGAGCGAAGCGCACGAGUUGCUCGUUUCACGCAGGCACAAAGGCGGGAUGUUGAGGGGUUGAUGAAAUGGGUUGAUGGGAAUGGUUGUAUAGCAAAGGAGGAAAGCAGGUAUCUCGGACAUGGGAAGGAUUUGUUUACGUUUCGUUCGGAAGAUGAGGAUCCGUUGUCACGGCUUGAACGGUCCGUGGAGGAUGCGUUAGUUCCGUUCUUUCGAAGUUAUUACAAGGUCAGUUUAGGGUCUUACCACUUACGCCCAGGAUUAACACGCCAGAAACAAUCAACCCAAGACACACAACCCGAUGACGUCUCCGUUCCAUCAGCAUUCCUCGCAAAAAGAGUCGCCCGAGUAUCAAUGGCCGCUAUGGUCACAACAGUCCUCCUAUUCCCCAUGCUCGUAUGCAACUUUGUGCCCAGUCUCACUGCUCGAGUGGCUAUUACUGCGAUCUCGGUUAUGGGCUUGAUCGCGAUGAUGUCUGGGUUUACGAAGGCGAGGAGUAUUGAGGUUCUUGCUGCGAGUGCUAUAUAUGCUACUAUUAUGACAGUGCUUGUCAUGAAUGGGUCGUGAUGAGAUAUAUAUCUCAAGGACAUCUUUCCAUUGGCUAUAUGAAUUAAGAUGAAUCCCUGGAGGAUUCGCCAAGCUGAGCAGAUAAACGCUCCAGCACACGGAACGCUCCAGCACACGGAACGCUCCAGCACACGGAACGCCCCAGCUAGGGAGCACGGCUUGCUAGCCCAUCAGAAUUGGCUCAUGGGUCUCUCCUCGGUCCCUACCUCUUUCUUUGUUCGGCGCCGAGUCACAGGCUUGGACCUCAUCAUUCUUUUCUACAACCAUUUCCUUUGUUUUAUUUUCAUGUUGUAAUGAUAUUGAUACGACUAUUAUUACUACUAUUAUAUAGCAAUAUUAUCAAUACAUCCCUCACAAAAAUUAAAAUCAACCCCGAAGCGG